AUGACGCUUUUGGCAGUUAAAGUCUUAGUUAAGGAAAAUCAAAGGUCUAUUGGUAUAGCUUUUACAGAUUUUUUAACAAAAAAAAUUGGAAUUUCAGAAUUUACAGAUAAUGAAUUAUAUAAUAAUUAUGAAUUUCUUUUAGUACAACUAAAUGUAAAAGAAGUUCUUAUGUGUUUUAAUGAAAGAGAGAAUUUUGAAUUGUCUAAGAUUAAAGGUAUAACAGAGAAUGCAGGGAUAAAAAUCACAGAAAUGAAUUCAAAGGAUUUUAAAAUAAACAAUAUUGAACAUGAAUUGGAUCAGAUUCUUGAUGAAAAUAGUUUAAAAAUGUUAUCACAUAUUGAUGAUAAAAUAUGUAAAGAUUCAAUGUCAGCAAUUAUAAAAUAUUUAUUAGUUACAAAUGAUUUAAUAGAAACAGAAAAAUUUGGGAUUUAUAAAUAUAAUUUAUCUCAAUAUAUGAAAUUAGAUAUUCCGGCUCUUAAAGCAUUGUCACUUUUUCCUUGUGCGAAUUCUGAGUCAAAUACUUGUCUUUACAAUCUUCUUAAUAGAUGUAAAACACCAAUAGGAAGUCUAUUAUUAACACAGUGGAUAAAACAACCAUUGGUGGAUCAAAAUGAAAUUGAAAAAAGACAUACAUUAGUAGAAGCGUUUUGUAAAAAUUUAGAAACUAUGCGGAUUAUUCAAGAUUUUUUAAAAAGUUUCCCUAAUAUUUAUAAAUUAAGUAGAAAAUUUGAAAAAAAAGAUGCUACAUUAGAAGAAGUAGUUCGAGUUUAUCAAACAGUAGUAAAAAUUCCUAAUAUAAUAAAUGCUUUUGAGAAAAUUGAAGAUGAUAAUUAUUUAUCAUUGAUAGAAGAAUCAUAUUUAUCAAAAUUAAGGGAACUUUAUGAAACAUUUAAGAAGUACAUAGAAUUGGUAGAAACUACAAUUGAUUUUGAGGCUAUGAAUAAUCAUGAAUGGGUUGUUAAAUCAGAAUUUGAUGAAUCUCUUUGUCGUUUUUCAGAUGAAUUAAAUGAAUUAAAGAAUAAGAUCCAGGAAGAAUACAUUCGUGUUAGUGAAGAUUUAGAGCAAGAUACUUUAAAAAAACUUAAACUAGAACAAAGUGAAAUAUAUGGAUGGUGUCUUAGACUUACUAGAAGUCAAUCGCAUUGUAUUAAAAACAAGAAUUAUAUAGAAUUAUCUGUUCUAAAAUCUGGUAUAUAUUUUACAACUUCAAUAAUGCGUAGACUUAGUAAUGAAUACAAUGAUAUUAUGACUCAAUACAAAAAUCAACAGAAACAGCUUAUAAAAGAAAUUGUUGAAAUUGCCGCAUCAUUUUGUCCUGUAAUGGAAAAAUUGGGCCUAGUUAUUUCUCAACUUGAUGUAAUAAUAAGUUUUUCAGAUAUAUCAAUUUCAUCAAUUAUCCCUUAUGUUCGACCAAUUAUAAGUAAAAAAAAUAAAAUUAUGCUUAAGGACUCUCGACAUCCAUGCCUUGAGAUUCAAAGUGAUAUAACUUUUAUUUCAAAUGAUGUUAAUCUUGAACGUGGCGUAUCUGAAUUUCUUAUUAUUACGGGUCCUAAUAUGGGAGGAAAAUCAACAUAUAUUCGCCAGAUUGGAUUAAUUGUUUUAAUGGCUCAAAUAGGAUGCUUUGUUCCUUGUGCAGAGGCAGAGAUUUCUAUAUUUGAUAGCAUUCUUGCAAGAAUUGGUUCUAAUGAUUCCCAACUUAAAGGAAUUUCAACAUUUAUGGCAGAAAUGCUUGAAACAGCAACAAUACUUCAAACAGCAUCAUCUAACUCUUUGAUUAUAAUUGAUGAAUUAGGAAGAGGAACAAGUACUACAGAUGGAUUUGGUUUGGCAUGGGCAAUAUCAGAAUAUAUAAUUAGUAAAAUCAAUGCAUUUUCUUUAUUUGCCACACAUUUUCAUGAAUUAACAGAAUUAUCAAAGAAAUACUCAAUUGUAAAAAAUUUAAACGUUAUUGUUCAUCUUGAGAAUAAUAAUAAAAAUAAGGAUGUUACUCUUUUAUAUAAAGUAAAACCUGGAAUAUGUGAUCAAAGUUUUGGUAUUCAUGUAGCCAAAAUGAUUAAUUUUCCUGAAAGUGUGGUGAAAUUAGCAAAACGUAAAGCAGAUGAAUUGGAAAAUUCCAUAUCAAUAAUUAAUGAUAAAAAAUAUAACACAGGGGAUAUAAAAACAGGAACUAAUAUAUUAUUGCAAAUAAUGAAUGAUUGGAAAGAAAAAAUCAAAGAAUCGGAUAUGAGUGGUUUAGAGAUGUUGAGCAUUUUCAGAAAUUUAGUUCAAGAAAAGUAUAUUUUUGAUAUUGAAAACAAUACAUGGAUACAAAAAAUUAUUGCUGAAUAA